AAAAAAAAUGCCUAGUUAUGUAAGUCAAACUCGGUCCAAUAGCAGCAGGUUUCCAGCUCUCUCCAAUCUGUGAGGUGUGAAGCCUACACUUCAACCAAAACCCUUGUUUCAAUUUUCCAAAUUUCAUUAACAGAUUUUGCUAAAACACAGAGGAAUUUCAAAAUGGCGUCGAAUUAUCCUGAGUUCACUCAUCAUGCCCCAUCUCGCAAUUACGCAUAUUUUCCAGACCAAGCUGUCCGAGCUGGAUAUAUAAGACCAGAAUCAGGACAGCACCUGCACUUUGAAGGCCAUCAUCGUCAGCAAAAUGUCGUUCCUUACUCUCAUGCAAUGCACGUCAGUGUGAUACAGAGAGAGCUUGAGAAGGAACAGAUGAGGCAAGAGAUAAUCAGGUUAGAGAUUUUGAGAUUGCAGGCUCGGCUAAUUCGGGAGAGGGAAAGAGAAAUGGCUUUGCAGAAUGGUUUUCAUCCUGGCCCGUAUUUGGGCAUGGAGUUCAACUCACGGAUGGGCCCGUUUUAAAGGGUUGAUUGAAAAAUACUUUCUAGAGCAAUUGAAUGGUACAAUGGAAAUUGGGAAACAUGUUUUGUUGUAUUUCCCUUGGCUACUGGGAAGGUAGUAAAUAGUUGAGCUUUAUAAUGUCAGCUAUGAGUAUGGGGCUUAGUCUAUCGUUUAUGUUUGUGGUUUAGGGAGUAUUGUGAAACCAGAAAGUGUUUGCCGGAGAUGGUGAUGGGCGAGUAGACAUGUGAAAGUGUGCUCGGUUUGAAAAUGUGAAGUUGCGUAUUUUAAGAAUGUCAUGGUGGCUCGGGUGUAUAAUAAGUCUUGACUAUUGCUUCUGUAAUUUUGAUUUAACAUAUCAGAUUACGUUUUAAGGGCAUCCGCAACGCUAGUUUUUUGGCCCCAUUUAGAUGGAGGAUAUGCCGUUAAUGGGAUGCAAAGCGUUCAUUUAAUGUGGCCCCCACCUCGUUCAUUCAGUCUAUUAAACGGACAGUACUCCCUUUUUUUAUUUUUUUAUUUU